GUUAAACAGGAAAUGGCAUGUCCUCAAACGGGUCUGCGUUUCCCAAAAUCAUCGUGAGCUUGGUCGUUAAAGUUUGUAUACGCUUAUUUUCUCUCUUGCAUCAAAUCUGAUAAAAUCAUACUAUCUUACGUUAACAGUCAGUACUGUUGUUUUAAUAGGCACUAUUUAAAAUAGUUUGCGCGGUACCUCGUCUGUUUUCCAGUGUCCCCAUUCUGGCGUUACGUCACAACCAAAAACAACCUGUAAGACACAACCUACAAUGUAAAACUACAAAAGAAAAGUAUAAACCGCUCCACGAAAUCGAAAAUCAUGAUGGGGAAUUAUGGAAAGAGGAACUGAGAUCAACAAAAAACAGUCACGAGGUUGUUUGAUAUUUGCGAGAUACCAGAUAAAGGUACUGUACGUUCAGAUGUGCUGCAUUGCUAAAACAUCCGUUUAUAAGUAAACGUCUCGAUUGUUUUUUUUAAUAUCACUGCAUUGUAUUUAUUUGAGUUUGAGACAUAGCGUUUUUAUAAGCACCCACAGGAUGAGAGGAAUUGUUGCAUUUUACGUUACCUAUCUGCUGUGCCUGAUAUUGGGGAUUGUCUGUGUGGCAUUAGUAGCUUACUGGAAUUACACCUACCAAGGUGGAUUUGCAUGGGAUGGCUCAGCCAAGCAAUUCAACUGGCACCCGGUCUUCAUGGUCACUGGAAUGGUGGUUCUCUAUGGGAAUGCGGCCAUAGUGUACCGUAUUCCUCUGACAUGGGGUCACAAUAAGCUCCCGUGGAAGCUGUUACACGCUGGGCUUCUACUCCUUUCACUUAUUCUGUCUGUAAUCGGGCUUUGUGCAGUGUUCGACUUCCACAACAAAAACCACACACGCAACCUCUAUUCCCUCCAUAGCUGGGUGGGGAUUUGUACCACUGCACUUUUCACUGCACAGUGGGUCAUGGGUUUUACCGCAUUCCUCUUACCUUGCACCCCAAUGGCUGCACGUGCUCUUAUAAAGCCGACUCAUGUUUGGAUGGGAGCAAUCAUCUUGGUACUGAGCAUUGUAUCUUGCAUCUCAGGGAUCAACGAAAAGCUCUUUUUUGCACUAAAAAAAAGCACCAAUGGGACGCUGCCUUAUUCUGCAUUACCACCAGAGGCAAUAACUGCAAAUUCUUUGGGAGUCAUCAUUGUAGCGUUUGGAUUGGUUGUUUUGAAAAUCUUGUCCAAUCAGAUAUGGCAGCGUCCUGAGCCAGGCUAUGAUGAGGGAAUUUACAGGCCACUGCCGUAUGAUGGAAGCUGAUGUCUCAAAGUUGAAUGUCUGAAAAAUAUUUAUUUGCAUUCUGACUGAUUGUUUCUCUUCAGUCGAAUAAAAGUCCCCUGAAAUUUCAUCCAUUGGUCUUUGUAUUUCUAAUUAUACUAAGCACUACUGGGAAGGCAUGUAAAAUCUUCUCUUUGUGUUUUUGCUUAGAUUUGAUUGUGCUGCUGUUGUUGUUGUUUAAAAUUGUGUAGAGCAUAAGGCAAAACAUCAGAAAUAAUCACUGCUGAUUGUAUUUUGUGCUAAUUUUUAAUUGAGAAGACCUCUCUAGAUAAUAAAUGAAUAAAUCAUUUUUAUAAAA